AUGGGCAACGCAACCGCCAUCUGCUCUGACAAGACGGGGACCCUCACCAUGAACAGAAUGACAGUGGUCCAGUCGUACAUCGGGGAAACUCACUACCGGCAGGUCCCAGCCCCCGACGCUAUCUUGCCCAAGGUGUUGGAACGUCUUGUCAACGGCAUAGCCGUCAACUCUGCCUACACCACCAAAAUACUGCCCCCCGAGAAGGAAGGCGGACGUGCGCGCCACGUGGGCAACAAGACGGAGUGCGCUCUGCUGGGAUUCGUGCUGGACCUGAAGCAGGAUUACCAAGCCGUGCGCAACGAGAUCCCGGAGGAGAAGCUCUACAAGGUGUACACCUUCAACUCCGCGCGCAAGUCCAUGAGCACGGUGCUGAAGAACGCCGACGGAAGCUUCCGCAUGUACAGCAAGGGGGCGUCCGAGAUCAUCUUGCGCAAGUGCACUAAACUAGUGAAUAAGAGCGGGGACAUUGUGGCCUUCAAGGCGAGAGACCGAGACGAGAUGGUGAAGAAAGUGAUCGAGCCCAUGGCUUGCGAAGGUCUACGUACCAUCUGCCUGGCCUUCAGGGACUUUGUCAAAGAACCGGAGUGGGACAACGAGAACGAGAUUCUCAACGACCUGACAUGCCUUACGGUGGUCGGCAUCGAAGACCCAGUCCGUCCGGAGGUCCCAGAUGCUAUAACCAAAUGCCAGCGGGCUGGGAUCACAGUGCGGAUGGUGACUGGUGACAACAUUAACACCGCGCGGGCCAUCGCCACCAAGUGCGGCAUCAUCAACCCCGGCGACGACUUCCUGUGUCUGGAAGGCAAGGAGUUCAACCGGCUGAUCCGCAACGAAAAGGGCGAGGUGGAGCAAGAACGUCUGGACAAGGUCUGGCCAAACCUCCGUGUCCUCGCCCGAUCGUCCCCGACUGAUAAACACACGCUGGUCAAAGGUAUUAUUGACAGCACCAUCGGCGAGAUGCGGCAGGUGGUGGCGGUGACGGGCGACGGGACGAAUGAUGGACCGGCGCUGAAGAAGGCGGAUGUUGGCUUCGCCAUGGGGAUCGCAGGGACGGACGUGGCCAAAGAGGCGUCGGACAUCAUCCUGACCGACGACAACUUCAACAGCAUCGUCAAGGCCGUGAUGUGGGGCCGUAACGUCUACGACAGCAUCUCCAAGUUCCUGCAGUUCCAGCUGACCGUCAAUGUGGUGGCAGUCAUUGUGGCCUUUACUGGUGCCUGCAUCACGCAGGAUUCUCCUCUGAAAGCGGUUCAGAUGUUGUGGGUCAACCUGAUCAUGGACACCUUUGCUUCCUUGGCCCUGGCGACAGAACCCCCCACCGAGUCGCUUCUGCUGCGCAGGCCCUACGGCAGGAACAAGCCGCUCAUCUCCCGCACCAUGAUGAAGAACAUCCUUGGCCAUGGGGUCUACCAGCUCACCAUCAUCUUCACCCUCCUCUUUGCUGGUGAGAAGAUUUUCGACAUUGACAACGGGCGGGACAGUCCCCUUCACUCGCCCCCGACGGAACAUUACACCAUCGUCUUCAACACCUUCGUGAUGAUGCAGCUCUUCAACGAGAUCAACGCGCGCAAAAUCCACGGGGAACGCAACGUGUUUGAGGCGAUCUUCCGAAACCCGAUUUUCUGCAGCAUUGUGGUGGGAACGUUUCUCAUCCAGAUCGUCAUUGUGGAGCUUGGUGGGAAGCCCUUCAGCUGCUCGGGACUAACUCUGCACCAGUGGCUGUGGUGCAUCUUCAUUGGAGUCGGAGAGCUAUUGUGGGGACAGCUGAUCUCCUCGAUCCCCACCAGCCGGCUGAAGUUCCUGAAGGAGGCUGGGCACGGCACGACCAAGGACGACAUUCCGGAGGGCGAGCUGAUGGAGGACAACGACGAGAUUGACCACGCCGAGAUGGAGCUGCGUCGAGGGCAGAUCCUCUGGUUCAGAGGCCUGAAUAGAAUUCAGACUCAGAUCAAAGUGGUGAAUGCGUUCCGUAGCUCGCUGUACGAGGGCAUCGAGAAGCCAGAGUCGCGUAGUUCCAUCCACAACUUCAUGACCCAUCCAGGAUUCGAAAUUGACGACGAUGAUGAGCCUCGCAUCCCGCUCAUCGACGAGACCGACGUGGAGAUCAACAACGGACUGGCCAACUGCGGGAGCCCCCCCAGCCCGUCCCCCUCGCCCAACCAGAACAACAAUGCUGUCGACAGUGGCGUCUCCCUGCCCCUCUCAGACGCUCACCGGCUCGCCUCUUCUCCGCCCGGGAGCCCCCUGCACAGCCUGGAGACGUCCGUCUGACCAUUGACCGCCCCCCCCCCCUCGCUCGCCCCCAACCCCCCCCCCCCCCCUGGACUCGCAGCUUUCCCCC